GUACCAAGAGAUACGAAGUAAGGUAGCAACAAAACCUUUCAAGCUCCAACUAUUCCACAAGAAUGGAGAUGAUGAGAAAUGCUUUGCAGCUUUGGUCUUUACAUCUUUCUCUUCCCUUUUUUCUUCUUCUUCAUCAUGUUUCUUCCGCAUUGGUUGCCUCGGAUUCAGUCUAUGACACAUUUCUCAACUGCUUGCAAAAACAUACAAACCAUUCCGAAGUAAAUUCCAACAUACUCUAUGCCCAGACAAACGCCAAGUACUCAACACUACUUGGCAAUUACAUUAGAAAUGCCCGUUUCAAGACCCCUUCCACAAGAAAGCCUCUGCUUAUUGUUACUCCUUCUCACGAAUCCCAUGUCGAAGCCGUCGUGGUAUGUUCCCAAAUCAUCGGAUUGCAAAUCAGGAUAAGAAGCGGUGGCCACGACUACGAGGGCGUCUCCUACGUCUCGUACGACAUGCCGUUUAUCCUCCUCGACAUGUUCAAUUUAAAGACCAUCGCCGUCGAUAUCGACGACGGGUCGGUUUGGGUUCAGGCCGGGGCUACGCUGGGAGAACUUUACUACAGUAUUUGGGAGAAGAGCAAAGUCCAUGGCUUCCCCGCCGGAGUUUGCAGCACCGUCGGCGUCGGCGGCCAUAUCAGCGGUGGUGGAUACGGCACUAUGAUGCGGAAAUACGGCUUGUCGGUUGACAAUGUUCUCGACGCAAAUAUAGUCGACGUCAAUGGGAAAGUACUCGACAGAAAAUCAAUGGGGGAAGAUCUAUUCUGGGCUAUUAGAGGAGGAGGAGGAGCAAGUUUCGGAGUCGUAUUGUCGUACAAGUUGAAGUUGGUUCCUGUCCCCGAAACCGUCACUGUGUUUGGGAUCGAAACGACGUUGGAUCAGAAUUCAACGAUGGCCAUCGACAUUGUGUACAGGUGGCAAGAAGUAGCUCCGAGCACUGACGACGGACUAUUCAUGAGGAUGAUUUUGGAACCGGUGAGUUCGAAUGUGAAGAAGGGCGAAAAGACAAUUAGAGCCUCGAUAUAUGCCCUGUACCUUGGAAAAGCUGAACGACUUGUUUCAUUGUUGGAAAAGGAGUUUCCGGAGCUGGGUUUGAAUAACAAAGAUUGCAGGGAAAUGGGCUGGAUUGAUUCAGUGCUGUGGUGGAAUAAAUUCCCCAUUGAAAAUUCCCCAGAUGCUCUGCUCAACAGAAAUCUCAACUCCGCCAAUCUCCUCAAAAGGAAAUCGGAUUAUGUUCAGAACCCAAUUUCCAAAGACGGAUUGGAGUGGAUUUUCAAGAAGAUGGUAGAAUCAGGCAAAAUUGGUUUGGCUUUGAACCCUUAUGGUGGAAAAAUGAGCCAAAUCUCUGCUUCGGAGACACCAUUUCCACACAGAGCAGGGAAUUUGUAUAAAAUACAGUACUCGGUGAAUUGGCAUCGAGAAGCAGAGGAAGCGAAUUCUGCGGCACAGAUUAGGAGGCUUUACGGCUACAUGACACCAUUUGUGUCCAAGAACACAAGAAGUGCUUUUUUGAAUUACAGAGACCUCGACAUUGGAAUCAAUACCCAUGGCAAUGAUAGCUACACACAAGGGAUGGUUUAUGGAUUGAAGUAUUUCCAUGACAAUUUUCAUAGGUUAGUGAAGGUAAAGACUGCCGUAGAUCCAGACAAUUUCUUCAGGAAUCAACAGAGCAUCCCAACCCUUCCAAGUAAGAGACAUAGCCACAUCGGAUAAAUUCCACCCCCUUGUUACUUUUUUUUUUGUUUUUGGUUCCCUCUCUUUAGAAGACAAACUAUUCUCCUGUAAUAUAUAUAUAUAUAUAUAUAUCUAUAUAUCUAUACACUUAGAAUCUCUUCUAAAAUAUGUCCUAGAAGGGUGAUGGUGUGAAUUUAGUAAUUUAUGAGACUAAAAAAAUGAUAAAUAAUAUUAAAAAAUGAUUUUAGUCUGAAUAAAAUAAGGGAUAUUAGAA